UCGGACCUGGAUGCUUUAAAUUUGAGGCCAUUGGACCUGGAUGCUUUAAAUUUGAGGUGAUUGGACCUGGACAUUUUGAAUCUGAGGUGAUUGGACCUGGACAUUUUGAAUCUGAGGCCAUUGGACCUGGAUUCUUUAAAUUUGAGGUGAUUGGACCUGGACACUUUGAAUCUACAGUGAUUGGACCUGGAAAUCCUCGAACCUGAGGUGCUUGGACCUAGCCACUUCGAACCUGAGGUACCUGACCACUUCGAACCUGAGGUGCCUGGCUUGUUCUUCAUGUCGUCGGUUUCUCGGUAGUUGGUAAGAUCAGUUUCUCCGAUCGCUGACUCGCUUCGGCCGUCGUCCGCGUCGGUGAAACGGAAGACGAGACGUUGGGGACACACGAGGCAACUUGAUUGUUGCUUCAGCCUCGGGAAGAGGACACAAGAGGGAGUUUAAGUACUGUUGGCCACUUUAGUGCAAGACGGACUUUGAUUGCAGUUUCAUUGCAGCGCUAUGCCACGGCUCGCUAAAUUCCGAGUAAUUGGGUGCUCCGCGAGACGAAGCUGAGGAUCCUUGGCUGAGGCAAUCAAGGUGUGUCGAGGACGCGGUGGGAGAAUCCCUGUUUGUCAUUUCGCGGCGUGAUGAACUCGAACAAAUUGCUACCGCUGUUAGGUGUCUCCAGUAUAGAACGCAGCGUGCUCUGCGAUAAGCUGCGUCUUCCAGAACCUUCAGGCUUCUACACGAAUUGACUCCGCAAAGUGGCCAACUCUAAUCGCAGCCCGAAUUAAUAAACCUACCGCGCUGGACAUUGCCAGUUGGCUGCAUCGAAUCUCGGAAGAGCAGUACCUAUGUGCUAAAUCCUCGAAUCCUUCACACUAAAACUUUAAAUCUGAGGUGAUUGGACCUGGACACUUUGAAUCUAAGGUGAUUGGACCUGGAAACUUUGAAUCUGAGGUGAUCAGACCUGGAUUCUUGAAAUCUGAGGUGAUUGGACCUGGACACUUUGAAUCUAACGUGAUUGGACCUGGAUACUUUGAAUCACCUCCUCCAUGUUCUCCAAAAUUUGCUCUCUGACGAUGCGAGCCUUUUAUCGGUAUCGGUUUUAACUUGUGCUCUAAUCUAGUCCUCCAUUCUUUUCUUCCCUCCCCCUGGGAAGGGGGAUGAAGUUUUCCCAGGUGAAAAUUCGAAGGCACCGAGGAUUUUCACAUCUAACCGGAUUCACUUUGCCGGUGACCGAGCAUCGCGAGGAUUGAUUGCCGAGGAACCGGCAACGUAACAGUUUAAUCGGGGAAUAUCGACAGGACAACACGCGGUUGAUCCACGAUCUCGAAUAUAAGACGUGAAAAUUGGAAGGUGUAGUUGCGUUGUCUUGGGAUGAUGUGGCCAAGCAACCAGUGGUGGAGGUUGAUCGUAAACUGUGUGGAACUAUGAACACUUUGUGGCGAAUGUGACGAUGCGAAUGGUGCACAUCGGGAACGGGCGCACCUGUGGAACCUUGAGGUGGGUCGCGAUGUUCAAGCUCCAACCGAAGCUGCGGCUCUCAUCGCGGCGACGUACUCCGGAUCAAAAUCGAGCUGGACACCGCACCAUCUGGAUCCCGGCCAAAGAAAGCUCUCCGGCAGGAUUGCAAUUCAGGCUGGCAGUCGUAUAGAUCACCGUUCACCGUCGCGUUCUAGAAUCCUUCAGCGAGUCUCUCCGUGUUGGUCCCCGUAAAAAUGUCUGCAGCAUUUCGUCGAUCAACAAAGCCUCCGUCGAGAGCCAAGUCACGUCUCCGUCAACGUCCUCAUAGCCCGGAGAGGCUACAGGUUUAACAGCGGCUAGCCAAGCGUCAAAGUGCACUUCCGUUCAUCGAUGGCCUGGCAGGACUGUCCGAUCAUCCGCGUCGUCGACGACGACGAAGAAGGCGGCGAAGGGGGCGACGAGGAGCGUCGCGGAUAAAAUCGCCAGGAGAGAGAACUCAGGUCUGGAUGGACGCCAUUCUCGAGAUGCAGUUGAACGAAACAAUGGACGAGGACCUGGUAAACGCGACGGGGUUCUCCAACCUGCCCAAGGUCCUCGUGGGCACUGGCCAGAGCAACCACUCGGACGUCUACGGGCACGAGGCCAGUCACGAGCUGGAACACGUCCUUCUGCUGACGGUGAAGGCGACGGUGAUGGGGUUCAUCAUCCUCAGCGCCCUGUUCGGCAACCUCCUGGUGAUUGUGUCCGUGAUGAGGCAUCGCAAGCUGCGCGUCAUUACCAACUACUUUGUCGUCUCGUUAGCCCUGGCGGACAUGCUGGUAGCCAUCUUCGCCAUGACUUUCAACGCCUCCGUCGAGCUCUCCGGCAGGUGGCUGUUCGGUUACUUCAUGUGCGACGUGUGGAACUCGUUGGACGUCUUCUUCAGCACCGUGUCCAUCCUCCAUCUCUGUUGCAUCAGCGUGGAUCGUUACUACGCGAUAGUACAACCCCUGGACUACCCUCUGAUAAUGACCAACUUUCGGCUGAGCACCAUGCUCAGCGUGGUCUGGUGUUCACCGACGGUGAUGAGCUUCCUGCCCAUCUUCGCCGGAUGGUACACCACCGAGAAGCACCUCGAAUUCCGACGAAACUACCCGGACGUUUGUGUGUUCCAAGUGAACAAACCGUACGCCGUGGUCAGCUCCAGUGUCAGUUUCUGGGUGCCAGGUAUCAUCAUGAUCGCGAUGUACUACAAGAUCUACCAGGAAGCUGAUCGUCAAGAGCGCAUGCUUUACCGAAGCAAAGUGGCCACGGCGCUUUUGAACAAGCACCUGCAGAUCAACGGGAUCUCCGCCGGUUUGACGACGCUUCCGACAGUGGAUCAAUCGUCGACGAACCCACAGGUGGAGGAUCCACCGAUCACGAGCAGCAGCAAAAUGAGGAGGGAACGAAAGGCUGCCAGGACACUGGGGAUUAUCAUGUCAGCGUUCCUGGCAUGUUGGCUUCCUUUCUUCCUCUGGUACAUCAUCACAUCGCUCUGCGACACCUGCGAGAGCAGCGACGCGGUCGUUGCGGUGGUGUUCUGGGUAGGCUACUUCAACAGCGCGUUGAAUCCGUUGAUUUACGCCUACUUCAACCGCGAUUUCCGCGCCGCCUUUAAGAAAACCCUGGAGAGCUGUUGCGUGGCGAUCGGGCCUGUUCGCGACAUGCGCCAGGUGCACAGGAAGCAGGACCUGGUGCACAGCAACGCGUCCUCGGAGCUGCACGUAAACAACCAGCUGAGAGCCAGCGAGAUGACCAACGUGCAUAUCGAGGCCUGCAUCUGAAUCUUCCAUAUCACCCAAAGUCGAGAGACAAUCGUCGGAAUUGACAGUGUUGACUUUCGAUUCGUGUAAUAGCUAAACGUGUGCUGGCUCAGCGGGGCCUCGUGAUUGAGAAUAAACAGUCGGUACGAGAACCGUCCUCGACGAGCCGGAGUGUGACGUGCGAGUGAGACGUAGAUUAUAAUAUCCAUGGUGCAACAAUGACGCGUUCUUUCAUCGUCCUGAUUUGCCAAUUAGCGAUUAAAGCGUGUCUUCUAUGUGCGUCCGAGCGAUCUGGUUUUUCCACUUAAACGAGAGUCCAGGAUGACCGUCGAAUGAUUUUUAUUGUUAACACCGAGGCUUACAAAGGGAAGCUCACGUUACAAGGGGAACUCACCUUGGGAUUUCGAUGCCAAUUUUUUUUAUUAUUCUGGAGGUGAAAAAGAGAGAUACGUGUUCCGGCGUUUGAUCGAAUAGGCCCUAGUUUCGGAGUAAUAAAUUUGUGAAAAUUGAAAUUUAUUGUUUUAUUUUGGUGGUGCUGAUAUAGGAUGCAAGUUUUCGAAGCAGAAAUUAUAUUAUCACAUUAUAAACAUUAAUGUAAAUUUUAUUUUGAGGGACUUUUCAUUCAAGUAGUAAUAUUUGAAAUAAUAAGACAGGGUGUCACAAAAAUGUUGAAGUUCCUUGAAAGGGGUGAAAAUGUCCGAGGCUUCGUUAAGGAUAUAUUAACAGAAAACCCUGACUAAUCAGAGCGCGAGUAUGCCAGUAAAGUGUGGCCUAUACUACUGCGGCUGUCCAGCGCGUGGCCUACACUACUGCGGCCGACUAGCGCGUAGUCUACACUACUGCGAGCGCUCGAUCGUCAUACUCGCGUUCUGAUUGUUCAGGGUUUUCUGUUAAUAACUUCUUAACAUAACCUCGGACAAUAUUUUGGCUAAGGAAAAAGUUGUUUCAAACCACCCUCCGAACCACCCCGUUCAAGGACCUCCAACAUAGAACACCCUGUAAAAGUUAUUUGUCAUAUGUAACAUAUAACGGUAACGCAGUCGAAUUUUCAAUCGUUUCAAUUUUUAAUUUCAUUUGGAAAUAAUAUUAACAGUAUUUUAAAUUUCUAGUUUUUAAAAUAAUUAUUAGCAGGGGUAAAAGAAUAAAAACAUCACCGGAAUGUGAAUGUGAAUUUUUUAAUUACAACAGAAAAGUAAAUUGCAAUUUUCACAAAUUUAUUACUCCGAAACUAAGGCCUAUUCGAUGAAACCCCGGGACACGUAUCCCUUUUUUUCACCUGCAGAAUAACAAAACAAAAAAAAAAAAAGAUUGGCAUCGAAAUCCCAGGGUGAGUUGCCUGUGCUUCCCUCUGUUAGUCGAACUCGAGACGUUUGCUUUGACGAUUGCUGCGUUUCCUUUCGAGCUUCAUUUUCUCAGGGUGUCGUGGACGUUAAGAUUUUCACAUUUUUAUGCGAGCUUCCUAGCUUGGAUAGCUAUUCUCGGGGGGUUUCGUCUUUCACAGACGUCGAGAUUACGUCGGAUUCAACGAAGAAACGCGACAAAGGCGAGUGAAAAGAUCAAGUUAGGGAUCAUCUAGGCGAUGCAAGCGUCGGGGUGGCUUAUCGUCGAAAAGGCCUCACGCGUGUGCGCGACAUCGACGUCCACUCGGCCAGGUUACACGUUAUUAAAAGAGAAGUUUAAUGGCCGAAGGAGCGUCUUGAAAGGCGAAAAUUUCCGUCACGGUCGACCUAUUUUAAGGGUGACGCCUGGUCGCCGCAGACUCGUCUAUUUCCGCCGCGUCUUUUUAUCGAGGCUGCAAACGAGUCUGCUGCCCCUGGACCAGCAGAUUGAUGAUCCGAUUCGAGUAAUAUUUUAAGAUUGGCUUGAUAACGUCGCCCCUGGAUCCACUCUCGCCCGACGCCUCUUUUACCAGCUCCCAGCUUAUUAAGUUUCGCCCUUUUUAACAAGAUUCGCUCGAGUUCGCACCGAGUGGCGUGAAUGAAAACGUUUUCUAUGGGAGUGCCUUGAUUAACACGUUGAACGUCACGUCACCCAUAUGAGAGCUUUUAAAAAACUUCAACGAAUAAUCUAAAGGACCAAGUAUCGAUGAAAACAAAUCUGAAUAGAAUUCGUGAAUUUUGAUGAGAAUUCAAACAUAAUACGACAAAUGUUGGAUUCUAUAGUCUAUCAUCGUCUCGAGAUGAAAUUUUAGUCCUGAAAUUUUAGUUUAGACAUUUCCAUGCGAAUCAGCGUGGCAGUCAACGUGUAAACGUAGAGGAACUGCGCAUUAGUUCGUGGAUUUUCCUGUUUCGUUGUCACGUCAGAGUUCCCUCUCGGAUUUUCAAACUUUCCAAACGACGAAUUUGACGAAAGUCUGACGUCGUUCUGCAGAGAGUUUAUAGCAGCCAGACAGAAAAGAUUAAAACGGAGCGCGGCUAAGGGGUUUGUAGAACGCGUAACGACAGGAUUUCGGUUGAAAGCCUGUCGCGUCGGAGCAUGGAAAUUACCCCAAGUGUGAAGGCGCCUAGGGCGUUAAGGUCGAUGUUGACACAGGGAAUUAAAGGAUAAACGCAGCCAAAGGGGAUUACCUCGAAACGGCAAGGACACCUGCGUAUUUGGGUGAACCGUGGAACAAUAAACGCGUAAAUUUACGGUGUACGAGCGACGGCUGGGUCAACACGGUUACGAUGAGAGUAUGUUCGGCGCGGUUGAACGCAAUUUGAUGCCGAAUUCUUACGACCGCAGAACGGGUGGAAGAUAUUAGCUCGUCCCAAAAGUUUCUUCCGUUUUAUUAAUAAGUAUAGUAAAGACUAAAAAUAAGUGCAAGAAAAUCGGGACCCAAAUAUUGCAGUUAUCCAGUCGAGGUUUCUAUUCUGUGUUUGCUUACAUUUGGCUUGAGUCGGGCUUAGAAAAGGACAGAGGGUGAAAGAGAAAGAGGUCCGAGGAAAAAAGUAGUCGGCACAAGCGUAUCAGUGAGACAAUAGUAAUGUAACACUCAUAUCUUGGUACUUGAAAUAAAAAUCCUUCAAAAUUAAAUUUACAUUAACGUGUAUAAUGUGAUAAUAUAAUUUCUGCUUCGAAAAUUUACAUAGUAAAAUGUUGUUUCAAAUCACCCUCCGAACCACUCCUUCCAAGGACCUCCAACAUUUUUAUAACACCCUGUAUUAUUAUUUCAAAUAUUACUACUUGAAUUAAAAGUCGCUCAAAAUUAAAUUUACAUUAACGUUUAUAACGUGAUAAUAUAAUUUCUGCUUCGAAAACUUGCAUCCUAUAUCAGUACCAUCAAAAUAAAAGUAAAAUAAAAAUAAAUGUCAAUUUUCACAUUACUCAGAAACUAAGGCCUACUCAAUCAAACGGCAAGGACACGUAUCUCUUUCUUUCACCUCCAGAAUAAUAAAAAACAUUGGCAUCCCAGGAUGAGUUAUCCGAGCUUCCCCUUGUAAGUGGAAGUCGCGAAAGGAACUUUUGAGACAACCUGAUAUUAAAUUCAAGCGCAAAUGGAACGAGCACUUACACGGCAGUCUAGCAAAUAGAAGUCCAUCUAAAUGUCUCGCGAAGUCGAGACAGCGGCCGUCCAUUCUCGUAUCGUUGAAUCAUCCGAAAAGAGAAUGGAUGGCGUUCGAAGGAAAGCUAGACGAAACCGUGAGAAAUGUCUGUCUCUCAAGCGACGCGUUACGUCUUAAUACACGCGAAGAGCUUUUUUUCAGACCGCGUCACGACUUUCAUCGACGGCGAAUAGAAAAACCUUUCCACGCGUACUUGUCUACCAGUAUCGUAGAAAAAUAAUAUUUUCGAUAAACACACUCCCGUUGCUAUUGUCGCAACGAAACCGGACACCACCUCUGCCGGGGUUGAAUCGAUAGUGCAUAGCUCCAGGCGCUCCAGCUGUUCCUCGUUUCGCAUGCAAAUGUAAAUAAUCCAUCGUAAACAAUUACUGCGAGCGGCAAAAACAAUCUCGAUUCCGGGAACGCCGGCGGAGAGAAGCGAGAAACGGGGACGGCGUUCAGCUGAGAGAAUCCGGAUUCGCGAGAAGCUCUCGUCGAAAGUAAACAGAGCUCGGUACUUUCGAGAUUUCGCUGAUUUAACGGAGAGAAACUGUCCGAGCGAGGAUUAAGUCCCCCGAGCUGGCCGAUUCAUCACAAUCAGUGGCAUUAGCUUCCCUGCGCUUUGAUCCUCGUUAACCGAUGGAGUUUCCAACGGGCUUCCGAGAAGUUUGACCACCCCGGCGAAUUAUUUGAGAAACGCUGACCUGCGGAUGACGUUUUAAUCUUUCUGUGACCUCUCCUCGAAGGAGUAAAGUUUAACGCAGAGUUCCUGUGAUCGAUCAAAUUUGACGCGGCUUGACAAAGCUGGGAAGCUUGCAAUUUCUUUUUUAUCUUCUUUCCCUGGAUUACAUUCCAAGUGAUUCCUGAUACGUAUCCGUUUUUCCUCCGGCUGGCUGUGUCGCGAGCAAGUGAUAUCGAGUUUCAUUCGCGUGCUCUCGCCCGGUUGAUUCGAGCGAAUUUAUGAAAUUAAUGGAAAAAUAUGAUUUUCAGCCGCGAUGCCUGGGACUGGCUGUCUCAUUUCAACGAAACCUUCCAAACGAAAUUAUUCUUCUUGAUUGCUUCUCUUGUGAGAUAUCAUUUUUCCACGAUUUUCUCAAAUUUCCACAUUCUCGAAACAAAGCUCUCCGUGUCCACGACAACCCUGAACUUGACCAGAGAGGUUCUCGAUUAAUUUCAUUGAGAAUUAUCGAACAGUGACCGCCGAUAGAACCAAUCAAAUUCACUUUGAAUUUUGCAUUUUCAUAACUCGCGGGGAUCGGUAGGUUCAGCGACGCAAUUCCGAGUGCAGAACAAUCAUUAACGUGUAAGUCUCGUGUAGUGGUUUCACCGUUGUUCCCACUUGUUCUUCGAGACAAACCUCAGACUGUUUGCACGGGAUACGAUCCCGUACCGUUACGGCACUGAUUUUCGUUUCUGUCCACCCCGUUGGACUCGAGCGUACGCCACUGCUCAAAAGUUAAGGUAACCGUGUCGGUGGUUGGAAAACGUUUGCACGGUUAAUGGGCAACGACACUUUGCGACCCGUUCUGAUCGAGGUUCGUGGGUUCGUUUAUCUGUAUCGCGUAUCUAUCGUUAGAGAUGUAAGUCGACUAGUGAUCUAAACCAGGAAUUGGCACCGCGACCGUUUCAGCGCACGGCGAGUACUCAAACUGAUUGUCGCCGUGCGUUUGGACGCCCGUGGAGUUCAACCCUGACCCAUGGUAACGCGGUUCGUGGACACGUCGGCGUCCACGAUAAACACCGACUACAUCGUGAACCCCCGGCGACCAUUAAACGAUAAUUAAUGCCGAAACUCAAUUUUAUCGCCCGUUCCCAUCGUCGCGACAGUUAGAGGGCGUGAUAUUCAAACGACAAUAGCGGCCCGGAAGGACAAUUAUUUUGUCAGUACGCGUCGGAGCAACAGACAAUUCGACUAGUUAGUAACAUCGUUAACCAUAAUCGGCAGUCGUUCGAAGAGGCUAGCGGAGCAAUUUUUCAAGCGAGCAUGCGAGAAACUGAAUCCCUCUUUUCAUGUAGCGCCACACGAUGUUAUGUACGUAUAUAUAAAUAUAAAUAUACAAGGAGACUAUGUAUACAGAUAUGUAUAAAUAUAUCAAUUCGUCGUUGGAAAUUGUGCAGAGCGCGUAGGGGUAUUAAUAAUAAAAUUUACAAAAGAAAAAAAAAAUAGGUACAGCGUCUCUCUUCGACGACCACUACCUUUCCAUCCACGUAAGUAUUACCGUUAGAAUUUUAGAAAUUGCUGUAACUCGUGACAUUCAACGCUCGCCUACACCCUCGGUGCUUGUACGUAUUAUCUCUUCGCACCCGGAGCUAUCUCGUUACAGAAUGUC